ACUGGUGGGCUGGGUCUCGUGGGCUGGCACCGCAGAACCGACAGCUCUGGUCUUGGUUAUGUUUUUCAGUGUCGGGUGGAGUCUGCAUCCUGUCGCAUCUCUGCGGGGGAAGAAGACGAAGACGAAGGAGGAGGACUUUUCUUUCUAUUACUUUCUCACACAGACUGUUCUCUUCCUGCCGAAACCAUCGAAAUUACUCCUUAAAGAUGACGACGACCACCACUUUUUCGGGAAUGGAGCCCGGCGCUAAGAGCAGUUCCAGGUAAACGGAGAGAGUUGAGCGCCUCGCGGAGGAACAAAGAAGUGCCCGUUUUUCUGCCUGACAGGCAGGGGAUUUUUCUGGAUUUAGUUCAACUGUCACAUCCUGCUAAUUAAGUUAAUCUUAUUGGGUGACUGAUGCGAAGUAUAAGUUUGUUGUUUGGGCUCGUAAAAAAACGAAAAGAAAGAGGAGCGAGCAGGAAAGAGAGGCUGUUUUUCACCUUUUUUUAGGUUAACGCGAACUUACCUUUCGACCGCUUUAUAACUUUUUCAGCAGUUGAAGUCGUUGCUCGUCUCUUUUGGUGAUUAACUCCACUCUUAAGUGUUUCUGAUUAUGUUAAUUUGAUUGUCUUUUGUUCAGGUAAAUGUCGAUUUAGUCCAAAGCCUGGUCUGGAGCAUGUGUGAUCGAUUUGAAGGAAGGAUUCCUGGGUCUGCAUUUGUCAUUAACAUGAGCAGGGAUAUGCCUCAUUGUUGGACACUGUAAAAAGGAAGUUUCUAGCCUUAAAAAUACCUCUUUUAAAUCUUUACAUGAAUAUAAAAAACAGCCAAAGAGGGCCACUCAUCCUCCAGACAUGCAGUCCUGAGAUGUGACUCGUCUGGAUUCAUUCCUGCCCCUUUGCAGAGGAAACAAAGCGAAGAAAAUGACCUUAAAUUAUGCCUGCCAUGCUGAUUUCAGGGCAUUUAAUCCCAGAUUCUUGAGGAAACCCUGUGCUAUUAGCCAUUUCAGAGUCAGCAAGUCAAAUCUCGGUCAGUCAUUAAGCGUUUUGAAGCCGCAUGCUGUUUUCUGAUGAUGCGGGGGCUUGGGUGGGGGCUCUGAGCCAGAUAAGCCUGUAAAUCUUCCCUUAGCUCUUUUGCUUUUCCUCCUUAAAGCCCCUUUUUUACAAGUUGUUGGUCCUUUUUGUCCAAACUAGGGAUCUGUUCAGCUUCAACUUCAGCAGAAUCAGGCUAAAAUCUUUGUAGGCCAUCAGAAGCCUCCCACCCUCCUUAUCAGACAUGCCAUCUUUGGCUCAGGAUCUCGGCUAUACCAGACCGAGCUCUACCUGCGUGUAGCUGCCCCCCAGCUCCUCCAACAUAAAUGCUUUUUAUUGAUAUUAUUUGCAGUUUCAUUCUAGGGUGGGGUCUGCUGCCAGGCGGCUUAAAGCUUUUCCCCCCUUUGCAAUCCGCGUGGAAAGCAUGAGCUCAUCCCCUCUGGCCGGGAGGUGAAGUCUGGUUUAGGCAUUACUGUCACAGCCAAGUGUGUGACAGACACUCGCACGGAGAUAUCAGGGUCGAUUGUGAAAAUAUUAAGCCCACAGCCAACGCUCGGUAUAUCCCCUCGUUGAGUUGCUUUCUUCGGGUUGUUUUUUGGCCUCCAUCUGCCUGCCUGGCCCUUGGACAGCUGCUCAGUGUGUCAGCUGGUGGCUUCGGGGACUCUGAGGAGAGGAGAGUUUGCUGGGGAAAAAAAAGAGGGAGGGGUCCAGCAAAGGGUCUGCAAACACAUCAGUUUUUGUCCGUCCUUUAGCACGGCGAGGAAAAAGAGUUUCCCUACUCAUUAUCGAGCUCCUUUUGUUCAGCUUGUGGCCGGAGGAAUGUCGGAGCAAAGUGGGCUUUGUUUGCCCCGCUCUGGUCUGCUUACAGGUCUCCUUUUACUGUUGUAGAAAGUCCAUUUAUUAGCUGACCUAUAUUAGCCGUGGACCACCAACUCUUCACCCUCUUUGUCUUGUUUUUGACCCAAAGGGGGUAUCAGGUUUGAUUGACUCAUUUAAUAAUUGUCCAACAAUGCUACCAGGAACUGACACCAUUCCCUGGUGUGUCAUUGCAAAAGAAUCUGUAUGAGGGGAGGCAGCAGCUAGCCAGCUAACUCUGUGAUUAUGUGCGAGGGGAGUCAGCUGCCGGGCAGAGAUUGUGACUGUCUGUCUGACAGGCUGACAGCCGGGGCUUAAAGAGCAGAGACCUUGCUGCUAGCCUGUGUCUUUUGUGAGACUGGUAUGUUUUUAAAAGGUUUAGGGUGGAGUCGCAGGAAGGCUCGAGGCGUCCUCGUGUUUUAUUUGACAUUGAUUUUCUUCACAGGCACCUGACAGGGAGCUGUUUGUCAUCAAUAUUGUCCUAAUUCUCCCGUUUCUCGCUCUCCAGGGUACUACGACCGCCAGGUGGGGACUCCAGCUUCUCCCUCGGCUCAGAUGAAAACACCACCCCCCAACGCAAGAACAAGAUGGCCUCAAGCAUCUUCGCAGAACCUGAUGACCCCCAUGCUCAUCGGAGGAACAAUCCGCCCAGUAAUUCAACCUUAACGUCCCUCUAACUCUAAACUUAGUCCAGUUUCCAUUAUCAGAGCGGGUGGAAGGAAAGCGGCGCUGUUUUAAUUUACAAGGAAACAUUAACAGUUGUUUGAGUUCUGCAUCAGAGAGGUAGAACCGCUCCUGUAAUGGCAGGUUUAAUCUUGCCAAACAAGUCGGAGCAACCAGAAACGUUUAAGUAAGCGAAAAAACCUCUGGAUUUAAAUCUCGAGUUAGGAAAACACUGAAGUGUUAUUUAGCAUUUUUCCGUUUUAGUUGUCAGAAAGAAUAUCCCACAAGUGUGAUAGCCAAAAAACCCCGGAGCACUGGGCUAAGGGUAAUUUGAAACCGGGCUGUAUUAAACCGAGUGGUGGAGGAGCAGCUCUCAAAGGAAAGAAAUAGGUCAGUUAAAAAUGUGUCAAUUGGUGAAUGUGUGGCCUUGGAGAGACGCUGGGGACACGUUACAGCAGGAGGAGAGGCAGGGAAGUACAGAGACCUCUUAAAGGGCUCUGAGUCGUCAAGGUCACCGGGAAAACAAAGACAGAAACUGGGAUUAAAAAUUCAUGUAGGCCGACUGUAGGGUGUGUUCAGGUAUGCUUGCAAACACACAGGUAAACUGAAUCGACUCUCAAAUGUGAGUUUGCUCUAUUUGUUGUUCUUGAAAGUUCAUUUUUUUUGACAGAUCCAUUAUAUUUAAUACUCAGAGUAGGAGUCAUUUAAACAGCAGAAGGAACCAGUCUAAUGAUCUUAUGAUGGUGCUCUAUUAUCUAUAUGUUAAAUCCAUAGUGCAGCACUUGUGUCCAGUGCUCCAGUGUCCGAGCAGAUCAGGUUAUCGGCUUUUAUAUCAAGUGGAAAACUGUUUUCCUCCCAUUGUGAGAUAUGAAGAAAAGUACCUUCAAGUUUGAUGGGUGUGGACGUAUCAGGCUGGUGGAGCCGAGGCGUGUGCUGUCAACUGUGGGGCAGACAUCACUUCCUUUCAGCUAACACAAACACAUGAAACUCACUGUAAAAACGCCAAAUACUCCUCAGACUGAUGCAGCUGAAGUGACGCUCUUGACUCGUGUUUUAGUAUAAGUCUCAUUUUUCUCUCACCGUUCCUCCUCUAUUCUACUCUGCUGAGGAGGAAGCAUGUGUGAGAAAAUCGGUACGCUUACAUGACACUAGAGGAAAAUGAUUAUUGAUUUACUCCGAUUAAGACUGGAUUACUGAAGUGCAUGUAAACACCUUAGUCCGACUAUAAUCGGAGUUUGAGGACUCUGAUUGGAGUCAGAGAACUCGAUUAAGACGCCCUGAUAAUGUGAUUUGAAUUCAAUUUUCUCUACCAUGUAACCAGCGUAGUCCGAGUAUGAUUGGACAAUGCAUGUGCGUGUGCACCACGCCUCCAUAACACCAGAGAAGAAGUGUCACUAUCAUUUAAAGAACUUUGACUCAGAAGCAGCUGCAACAUGGCUGAAGGACGAAAGAACGUCCACUUUUGGAAUGACGAGGAGAGCGCCGUUAUGCUUUCCGUCCUGACAGAAAUGAACAUUUCAAAGUAUAAGGACGGUCGCAGAAUGAGUAUGGAGACAUCUUUAAAAAAAGGUCAAAUAACAGUGCCGCUAAAAAGACCCGUAUCGCCCCCUAGCUCUGAGGAGGCGGACACGUUUACAUCAAUAAUUGAUUGUAUUUGGUGAAAAAAACAAAUUAUGACCUUAGUCCGAUUAAUCUGUGCAUGUGCAUGUGAACUGAUGAUUCUCCACCAGGGGGAGCUCUAAAAGUUGUGGCUUCACUCAUGAUAGCCCCAGUUUAAGCCAGCGGCUAAAUAUCAUAUGGAUACUAAAGCAUUUAACAAAGAGCUGAUGAGUAACCAGUCUAUGUUUCCAAAAGACUGAAGUCAAUCAAAAUGAGUCUGAUCUGAAGAAGACUCUCAGCUGUGAAAAAAAAUGUGUGUUUUUAUUCAAACUCAAAUCUCCAGGAGCUUUAGGGCUCAAAUAUUCUCCAAAAAGAGCUCAAAGAGGAAAAUUCCAGCCCCGCAGCAGACAUCUUCUCUUUCAGCACAGAGCUGUGAGUCGCUCACAAGUCAGGAAUCACAUGUUUUCACAUCGGCUGUUUUGCAGGGAACCAGUUACAUGGUGUAUCGAAUUUCCCGAGUGUGUGGGCAAAUGAAGAAUCUACCUUAAAAUCACCAUUUCAGCCUGUGUGACCUCUGCAGCCGGCAGCUGCUGACACUGAAGCCUCUUCCUGUUUGCAUUGUUUCUCUUGGGUCUGGGUCAAGUUCGGAGGAAGUCUUCUCCUCGUUCUCCACUUUUAAUGGCUGCAGCUGGAUGAGGAUAUUAUGCUGUCGGUGCCAGGAUGAGUCGGGUUUAUGACUAUAACAGGUUUUAUAAGCAUUGUGCAUCUGACCUGGAGAUGAACUCCCGCUGUCAAUGAACAGGUUUGUUUGCUUUGGCGUGCCAUCUGGUGGAGGUGCUUUUGAAACGCUCCUUUUGUGUGAUCUGGAAGAAUGUCGCUGCAGAAAAAGGUCUUCCAAACUCUGUCCUUGGAUUAUGACGUUCCUGUUCAUGAAUCUCCAGAGUGUCAGUAGUAGACUGUAAGUCGAGCUUACGUCGUAGUUUGAGGUCACUGAGAAUGAAAAUAUCCGAGCUUAACCUCAGAUGAUGUUCAAUCAGUAGUCGUGUGUGCUGGGAUUAUCGUAGACCUCGCUGUUCACCUCUCAGAGACGCUUUUCUUUCAACUAUUUCCAAUUAGGAUUGUUUACGGUGAGGGGAUUAUCCGGAGUUUAAAUGGCAUUAGCUCAGGGAAGACUCGUUGUUGUCCCGUUACAAGUGUCAGUUUCUAGUGCUUUGUGAAAUGAAAUUAAAGGUCGUUAUCUCCUGAAAACAUCCUAAAACAAGAAAUAGAAUAAUCUCAUUUUUAUGAUUAAAAAAGAGUCAAAAAUAAAACCUCAGGCUUUGCUGUGAGGCUGUUUCUCCUGCAGUGAUUAACCGCCGAGGUUUUGAGUUUGUUUUCAGCGAAUUAUGAUAAUUAUUCUGAGUAGAGCUUUCUCAGCUUCAGCUCGCUCUGACCUCAUUUUCCCUGUUGAUGCUGCUCCACAACCUGAUGCUUGAGGAGAUAGUUGAGACUUAAUAGCGGGACGAUAGUUAGUUAAUCAAUGUGGGAUUAUUUUGGAGUUUCAGGGUCUUAAGAUUUGGAUAACUAGAUUUGUGUUUCAUUUAUUUGACAUCAGCUAAAGUGGAAUAAAAUGGGCGGAGUCCUGUGGAAAUAAAACGUAAACACGGCGGUUGUGGUUUGCGAUCAUCGUGACCAUCCUGGGAAGUUCUCCUCUCCAAAGGUGGACCUCAUGGCGUGAGGCUAAUCCUUUUAAAACAGAGACUCCUCCUCUGUUGUGCUGCUGCUGUUUUGCUCCUCCGCUCACACGAUCAUUUCAGUUCAUAAAGCAUGUCAGGAUUGUCGGGCAUUCGGAUCGCAGAGUUGUCGGUUUGUUGGAGCGCCCUCAGCUUCAGCCCACAUGAGCGGCGCUCUGUAAUCAGAGGGGAAGCCAAGACCAGCAGCAGCAGCAUGAGAGCCGGUCCCGCCUCCAGCUCUAUCAUAUAGACGCUGUGAGCACGCUGGACCCCAGAGGGCUGUAAGGUUAAGUAGAAGGCUGUAUGUAGUGGAGUGAUGAUCAUGUAAUGCAUCAGUCUGGCCUCUGACUCGGGUUUAAUCCUCGUCCAUUUGCUGUUUGAUUGAUCAGCCUCAGAAAUCUGCAGCUGAAUCACUCCACUCCAUUCAAACAAUCCACACUCCUCCAGCAGCCGUCCGCCCGCCAUGACAAAGACGCUCUGUCUGCCCGUCCCUCCCCACUCCUCUGGGCUGUUACCUUAUGAGGCUUUGGCGUCCUCCUCGCCGCGGGCCAAACGCCGUGUUUUAAUGCUCUUUCUGCUGGAGGAGAGUGUAGCAGGCGCUGCAGGGUUGUUAUGUGAGUUUUGGCAGCGGUCGGGGUUGUCUGCCUGGAUGUGUUCCACUGGGUUUCUGGGUCUGCUGCAGACGCCCAAGCCGAUUUGACGAUGUCUCCUGUUGGUCUUCAGUGAUUUGCUGUCGUGUUAUUUCAGUCAAACGGCCUCAUAAAGCUGAUGUUCUGUCAAAUCAGAGGAGAUGAAUCUUGUGGCGAGCGCAGUCGCCUCAUGGGGUUGAGACAUUUGGGCCCGGGGUGACUAAUUGGAUUAGCGUCCAUAUGGCAUGACUCCGCUCUGCGCAGCCUGACUCAUGUUUUGUCAUGUGUCUCUUGAGUUUCCUGUCGAGUUUCAGUGUGAUCUAUCGGCUGAAAGGGAGUGAAUAAAAAAGCAAUCAUGACGCCGAGUGUCAUAAAAGAGAGUGACCCUGUUUGAACCCUUUUAAAAGACAAACUCAGAGAGAGAGAGAGUUUGCUUUUUCCUGCCUUUUCAGUCAUCAGUCACUUCUCCGUGUGAGCAGCAGAGGAGGGGAAACAUCAGGCAGGGGGAGGCGAUCACAAACUGGCUGCAGGAGAUCAUUAGCUGCAAAAUCCUGACAGUAAUUAUCCAAAAUAAAACAACUUAUGGAGUUUAAAAGAAACGCAGGUUAAUGAAGUUUAGAUUUGGGAUGUUAGACGUUUUAAAAAAAAACUUUAAAGAGAAAUUAAACUCUGCUGCAUUUACUAGAGGCGUGUGAAUAUUCAUAUUGUUGACCAAAGGAUUAGAUGUCGACUCUCUUAAAAGCCGAUACCAGAAAUACUCGUCGGUUUAUUGAUGAUUGUUUACCGACUUAAUGACUUUAAUUACCCGGGCCUUCACAGUACUUCACUCUUCAUCGGUUUGGUCGAGUAAUCAUGCAGCGUGGCGACUUAAAGUCCUGGUUGACAAUCUGAGAAGCAGUUGAAAAAAAACUGACCCGUUGAGGCAGAUUUGAAAAAAGCAUCCCACCCCCCACACACAAACCUCUCCCCUCUGUGCUCCACGAUAACUCCCCCCUGAACCUGUAUCACCCCGCCCACGACACACCCCCUCUGGCAGAGCAAGAAGAUCCUACGCUAGCUUCAAACAGGAUUCACCAUGUGGGAUUUCUAGUGACUAGCAGCAGUAAACGCCAGCUCUGAUGUUUAUUCGAGUUAGAUUCCUCGCUUGGUCACAUUUCCUCUUCGACUCCGCCUUUUCUUCUGUCGGCUUGCUACGCUACUUUUAGCCGCUCAGAGCUCCGAGGAGGGCCGGGAGAGUGGGAGGGGACAAGUCGGAACUGUGGGAGAGGGGUGUGUCGAAUACGGUGAGGUGAUUGGAUGAAAAGGCAGAGCAGGAGAUUGACCAAUAAGAGCUGUCCGGGACGGAUGACUCCCAUUUGUCAAUGUUUUUGCAGCCCUGCACCUGCUAGGAUGGAUGGAUUUUUUUCAUUCUUUUCUCUCUUCACUUUGUGGAGAUCACACUAUAGGACCAUGAUCGCCAUAGAAACAAAGUUCAUAAUAAUUACCAAUCUCUCCAAUCGUCAACCAUGCCUUCAAACUUUGCACGUCUUCGUGUUUAACGUCACUGCGACUAAAUUUGAUACACUCUGAAAUAAGCAGCUGUUUCUUUUCUCUCACUUGAGUGUCGGUUUUGGCCGCUCUGCACACCAGACAAUCAUGUGACCAAACACACACACACACACACACGCAGAGGAGUAGCUGCAAUACUCACAUGCAUAUAAAGCGCAAACCAAAGCCUGUUGUACACUUUCACUUUUUCAUUUUGACCACGAUUCAGCGUGCAGCAGCCUGAUUUAGAGUAUUUACGCGGGCCUCUCCACACCACCUGCCGUCACUCGAGUGUGCAGGGACCUUCGACAAAUGUAGUGCUGAAAAAAACAUGCUUCAUAAAUAUUAAAUGACUCUGGUCUGGAUAGGUGUCAGAAAAAUCUGUUCACACAUCAACAGACUCGUGUUUGUUGUUCUUCAACUGUGAGCGAUGGAAAAUAUGCUUUUUAUGAAUCCGGUUCUUUGGUUUUUCUCCUGCAGGGUUCGAGGUCUUUCUCAGUUUUAAUAAUGUCUGUCUCCCCCCCCCCCCCACAGCUGGAUCGCCCACAGGAACCCUGUGCGGGGAGCCCUCCGCCCCCCUCAGGCGGUGCCAGCAGCCUCUCCUCUUCCCCAAGAACCCUCAGCCGGAACUGACCACCAUCCACAACUCUGGAGCAGCCCUGGUCUGGAGCCAGAAACCAGAGGUACGGCUCAUUUAGAGGGACGGGCGCUGUUUCCAAAACAGAGCCGCAGCCUAGUUUGGAGCUAAAGAGCACACGGCCCCAGAUUAAGUCUGAUUCCAGCAGUUCAGUGGAAAAAUCUCGACUUUAUCCAUCCAUUUGAAAUGGACCCAGGACGCUGUUUUGACAGACCUUCUCUGACAUUUGUAAUCCAUGAGGAGGUUUAAUUUAUUAAUCUGGAUUCAUGCCAGUCCUCCUUUAGUGUCUGACGAGGCUGGAAUAUUUUCAGUUAUUGCAUAAUUUAAGAGACACAUGCAGAAACAAAGAAACGACAAAGAAGUGUCUAUGUUGACAUGUAGACGGUUCCUGUUUGGGGUUAGAAGAUUAUUCUGAAUUUAAAAAGAGAUCAGAUGAUUUUAAAGAUCCACCAGCAGUCAGACAUUUCUGCGUUUGCUUAAAUCCAUUUUUCUACUCAUGUGAUCUGAUUUAUUCGUCUCUCUCUGCAGGUUCCAAAUGGCCAAGAACCAGCGAAUGAUGGUAAGUUUCCAGUUUCCAGCUCUCUCCGGUUGUUUAUAACAGAGGCUUGUCUCGCUCUCAGGAUGUCUAAACAGCCGUGCAUGACUUGGAUUAUCAGUGAAUCGCUCCACGCUGCUCUAAAGAAGCUGACUUUCCGCUGACAUACCAGAGCGAACUUUUUUCGGAUACAGUACAUAUGUUCUCCCUCUCCGAGUCAACAUCACAUGCUCUCUUUGAUGUGGUUUCCUCCCCUGUCAUGAUGGUGUGACGGUCCGUAGUGGAGCAGCUGUUCUCCGAUGGCAGGCCUCACUUAGUAUGAAAAGCUUUUUAUUAACCUCCAGGUGCGUGUUUGUGAGAGAGUGGCUGACUCCUCGGAUAAUGGAGGGGUGGAGCGUUUCUCUCUCUGAACUUUCACGUCUUCAAGCUCUCAUUGGAUCGGUUAGUGCAUGUUAUAGUCUGACUUAUCUGUGUUUCUUAUAGCAGAAUCUGCUGCAGAUAUGCAAAGAGAAAGGCUUUCAUGUGCGCUGUGCUCACUGGAUUUGUGAUCUCAAAUUUGGUGAUUUCAGCAUCUAACCUGCAGAGUGGAUGGACUUAAGGCUCAUUUAUGCUCAACGUUACAUAUGGAUACGUACAGAGCUCUCCGUCCGUGAUUCGCGUUGUUUUCGUCCAUAUUUCUGCACGUAUCCUUUAAGUUUACGGAUACGGCCAGAUGGAGCAGUACCACCGGAAACCAUAGGGGGCAGUGUUGCUGCUGUCACUGCCCGAUCUGCGUCUCUAGAGAGAAACGAAGAAUACAAUCGCCGUUAAUUUCUCUGUACCACUAGAGAAAAUAAUUCUCCGUCCUCCAAACGCGAGGCAUUUAGUGUCCUGACCGACCACCGCCUCCUCCUCCUUAAACGUUGCCUCCGUCUCUGUCUCCUCUAUGUUUCUUCUUGUUUGUUGUUGUUGUCAGAAACUUAUGACUCCAGCCUGCGCCCUGGUGGAUGUAACGAUUAACAUCCAUGCCAGCGUAAAGGAAAAGUACGUGAGCAGUGACGGAACUAUGGUUUGAAACGGACGCGUACAUUUUCAUACUUAUGGCGAGCAUAAAUCAGCCUUUAUUCUGCGUCCAUAUCCAAGACAGUUCUGGAAAGCUGGUCGACAAGGUUCAGGUGUGAAAUGUCUUUAAAAUCACUAACUUAGUAAUAAAGAAGUAACGGCAGUCCUGAGUAUUUCAAAGCACUGCACUUUUACUCCAGAGUUGAGCCACCUUUGGGAUGUGGUCGAUCCCGUCUGCUCCUCUUGAGUAUUUCCCCUUCAUCGCUCUAAGUCAGAAAUGGCGUGACCUUCUUAAAUCCAGCUGAAUACAUAAUUGUCUCCUCCUAUUAUUUGUUCAGCUGUCCGCUGAAUGUUUGCAGGAUGAGAACACCUGAAAAACACACGCAGAAGCUUCAGCGAACGUAAACCAGAGAGUUUGUGAUUCGAGUGUCGGGGUUUUACAAACACAUCCUCGAUAAAUUUGCGGCUCAUUCGCUCUCAUUAAGUCACGAGUCCUUUCUGUUUCAAAAAGUGUUUAAAAUAAGUGAACUGUUUCCGCUUAUCUGUGACAUUUAAGUCCAGAAGUUCCUCUUGAAUUUGCAUUUUUUGCAGGAAUUCAGCCUCUAAUGGACAAUAAGAGCUCGAUGCUUCAGCUCUGGGACUUUAUUUCAGGCCUGCCUCUGGCUGUUAAAAUCGAAACGCUCUGACUACAUAAUGAGUCCAGUUCAGAGCAGAGCCUGACAUCCUGACAUACCGUUAGAAUAUGUGCUAAAACUUGAAGAUACAAAAGCUCGUGUCCUAAAAAUAUGACAAAACCAGCAGCUGAAUCUUGAUGUUGUCUCUGCGGUGUUUCGCCUGUUUCUGAAGAGACUUUUUUUUUGAGUCUCUCUCUCCUUCACCAUGUUGGUAAUGCUGGCUUGACCUCACUUUUGAUCGACCUAAUCACAGGUGAAGACGUAGAGCCUCCUGGCGAACAGCCACAGUGAGUGGGCCUGUCCGUCAACACAGCUGUCUCCCCGAUCGAGCACAUUUAACUGUCUGUUAUCCUGAGUAAACGAGGCUUUACUCAGAGUGAAUUUUGCUAAUGCUAAUGGGGGCUCUUUUGCUUUGGGACUGCCUCGAGUGGACACUUGAGGAACUGCAGUUUUUUGCAUUACUCUUCCAGGUCCUUUUAAGAUACUAUAAAGAUGGUGUUUCUGUUACUUCGUCAACAAAUUUAACCAAAAAACUUUCUCUUUUCUCUCGCCGAGGCUCUCCGUCUUUGCAGAGGACAUUAUAUCCCCAGUAAUUUCGCUGUAUGGUUUGUGUGUUUUGGAUUAAUUUCUGGUCCUUUUCUGCAGAGUGUCCCGAGGAUGUGGAACAAGAGGAUCAGGAGCAGCAGAAGGAGACGCCACAGCCCUCUGCCCCGUCGGGAGCCGCCAACAACGGCGCAUCAGGAGGCCGAAGAAACCCUCCUGGUGGCAAGUCCAGCCUCAUCCUGGGUUGAGACCACUUGUUUUGUUUGUUUUACAUUGGAACGCUUUUUUAUUUUUUAAAGAUAAAUACCCCCCACCACUCUUUCCCUCCUCAUCAAACUGUCACCUCCUUCACCUUCUUCACAUGCUGUCACGUCCAUGGACCGCGGCGUCCUGUCCCUCCACCCUCAAACCUUUUGUUUUGAUCCUAUUUUCUAUUAAAAGAAGAAAACUGUUGACAAAAGCACUUUAUGUAUCUCUCUCUCUCUCUCUGCCCCUUCCCCUUCAUUUCAGCCCAUCCUGUAGUGCAUCGCGCCUGCUGGGAAAGGCAUGACGUUUAGCUUGUCCCUCAUUCUUCCCUGUUGUAAAUGGUAAAAGGAAAAAAGACUAAAAAAGAUUUGAUGAUGCGUGGAUUUCUAAAUACAAUAAAGAUUGAUAUGAAUUUGC